CAGUCUAGACUGUAAGGCCUUCUUCGGCUACAGUGGGGAGUCUAGACAUAUCAUCUACUGGAUGAAGGGGGAGAAGUUUGUGGAGGAGCUGGCAGGUCACAUUAAAGAAAGUGAAGUCAGGGUGCUGAAGGAACACUUAGGGGAAAAGGAGGUGGAGCUGUCCUUAACCUUUGACGCGGUGGAGGAGACGGACCUGGGAAACUACACCUGCUAUGUGGAGAACCACAUUGGACGGAGGAGCGGCAGCGCCAUCCUGCAGAAGAGAGACAUGUACAGGCUAGAGCUGGCUGGUGGACUGGGAGCCAUUCUGCUGCUACUGGGAGUCUUCACGGCCAUCUACAAGUGCUACAACGUGGAGAUCAUGCUCUGCUACCGGAGGCACUUUGGGAGUGACGAGACAGAGGACGACAACAAGGAGUAUGAUGCCUAUCUGUCCUACACAAGAGUUGAGCUGGAGUCCAUGGACAGGGGCUCCAGUGAAGAGGAGCAGUUUGCUCUGGAGAUCCUCCCAGAUGUUCUAGAGAAACACUACGGAUACAAGCUCUUCAUCCCCGACCGGGACCUCAUCCCCAGCAGUCACAGCAUCUACAUUGAGGACCUGGCGCGGAGCGUGGAGCAGAGCAGACGGCUCAUCAUCGUGUUGACUCCUGAGUUUGUGGCCAAGCGCGGCUGGAGCAUCUUCCAGCUGGAGACUCGGCUCCACAGCAUGCUGGUGACCGGGGAGAUCAAGGUGAUUAUGAUCGAGUGUGCCAACCUCAAGAGCGUCAUCAACUACCAGGAAGUGGAGGCCCUGAAGCACACCAUCAAAGUGCUCUCCAUCAUCAAGUGGAGGGGCCCCAAGAGCAAUGAGCUCAAGUCUAUGUUUUGGAAGCAGGUGAUAUACGAGAUGCCGGUGAAGAGGAAAGAGAUGCUGUCUCGCCGGCAGGUGCUAGACUCCAGGGAGCAGGGUCUGUUCGGCGACCUGCAGACGGUCUCCACCAUCGCCAUGACGACCACAUCUGCCUCGAUGGUGCCCGCCCACCACGCCGAGAUUCCAGACUUUAACCAGACCAGCCACCCUCAGAUGAGACACUACUGCACCCGUAGCUACGAGUAUAAGAUGCCCGCCUCCCCCGUGCAGAUAGCCACCUUGAGUAACCGUCACAUAUACUGCAAUAUCCCCAUGACGCUGCUCAACGGACAGGUGACUCAGAACAACACAAUGGGAAAGAGCAAGCAGGAGAUCCACUUGAACAGCACUUUCGUCCCUCUAUCUGGGGGGGAACACACAAGUGAUAUCUGGUAGACUGAUAUCCAGCUUGAUGCCACAUCUCUUAUGUCUUUGUUUUUUAUCUGCAUGAAGAUUCAUUUAGACAAAACACUGAUCAAAAACCAUUCUGCACACAAUCAUUUCUCGCUGACUAUUUUCAUUAGCGGUUAAUUGUUUUCUGGAUUUUUCUUUUUUCGUUCAGUCUUUAAAGAAAUAAAGGACAAAAGGAGUGCUCCAGUCAUCAUUUUCUUACUUGAAAAAUGUCUCCUUUUUUGAGAUGAGUAAUAAAUGAAAAAACCUUGUUUUUAAUGUUCAAGGUAUUGUUAUUAUGUACAGUUUUCAUAUCUUCUAUAGACAUUCAUGAUGAUUCCUUUAAGAUUUUAAUGGUGUGAGUAUGUGAGUGAAUCCAAAUUUAAAGAUUCUGACUUGUGAUUUUUCAUGGGAAAGGGGAACGUUUCUCAUUGCAGCACAAUUCUGUGAAGAUGGACUGAACACAUUCUCUGUGAGCUUUAAAAAUGUUACAGUAUAUUUAAGCAAAUCAAUAAUGUUUGAAUUUACACAAGCUAUUGUCAUUGUUUGAGGCCAAUUAAAUAUGAAUAUUUGAAUUGUUUAAUGCAGUAUUUGUUUGAGUUGUAGUCUGUGACUAGUUGCUGUCUCUUGAGUUCUGCCUCUUACUUUGCUUAUUUUAGUUGUACAAAACAAGAAGCCUUUUUCUCUGCUGAAUUCCUCCCCUGCUUCACCUGCCUUCCUUCCUCUGUCGGCCACAUUGUUUUCAGAUGGCUAUUGAACCGAUGGUAGUUUUGACUGAAUGUAUUGUAGAAAUUAAAGGGAACUGGAAUCACCUGAGAGAUAUUUGCAUUUGUAUCUAUUUUAUUUUAUUGAUUUCAUUUGCUAAAUCAUCCUCUUUUCAGUUUCUCUGCUAUUUCUAUCUUAGAAAAUUCAUCCUAUUUGUCUGCAAUGAUUUGUAAUAUAGCAGCCUCUAUCUGUCUCAUUGAGUUAUAGAGGAAUGAUCAGCUUCUAAUCUGUCUCAUUGAGUUAUAGAGGAAUAAUCAGCCUAAAUGCCAAGAUUGUAACAAAAAUUACUUGGUGAUCUUCAAGAGCAAACUAAAACACUAACGGCAGGAGGUCAAAGAGAUUGCAGCGAUCAGUUUGAACCAUUGUUGACCUGCCCACAGAUGUCUUCUUCAACACCAGUUAUAUAUCGUAUAAGUUUAUUUAAUGCCUUUUUGUCUGUUUGCAAGCUGAUGGAUUUUGAUAGUGGUUCCCUGCCAUUCGUAGCCAGAGCAUCAAUGUGCAUUCUCUACUUAUAUGAUGAAAUAACAUUUUG